CUUCCUGACAUUGCAAUAAUUUGAAUGAAUGAAAAUUUGAGCGACUAUUUGAGUGGUUCCCGAUCGAGUAGGCGAGAUAUUCACAUCAAGAGAAUUCAUCAAAGUAUAUUAUAUUAUAAACAGACUUUAUACCUGUACACCAGAAAAUAGUUUUGGAGUUAUAAAAAGGGUGCAUGAUUACAACUAUUAAUCAUGAAGUCGGUUCUCUUCUAAAGUCUUCUUUAAGAUGGAUCAACCAUUUGAAACAUCUCACUCUAGUCGUAGAAGUAACCACCCCUUUUAUAUCAGAUAUGCCUUCAUUAGUAUAUCCUAGAAGGCAAUGCCACAUCAAAGAAGUUCUCUUGCUUAUUUCCCUUGUUUUGAUCUCACAAGCUGUAGGGCAAGAUUGUCAGGAUUUUCAUGAUUACUCUAAAAAUGAAACAGAGUGUGGAAAAUGUGAGAGAUAUCAGUGGAUAUCCUCACCAAAAGGAAAUAAAAAGGAGCCGUAUUGCUUGCAGUGUCCUAUAACCUGUGGUCUGGGGCGAGGACUAAAUAGGGAGUGUGGCUUGGGCCAAGGAGAAGGAGCAAUAUGUAUAGACUGUGAUCCCUUAAAACAUUUCUACAGUGAUGAGAGUGCCCCAAAAAAGUGCAAGCUCUCCAUCAGAUGUGAAUCUGUUAACCGGGGUUAUAAGAAGAGAGCUACUCGUAAAUCUAAAGCUAUAUGUGAUGAAUGUUUGCCUGGAUAUGUUCCAUCUGUGUUUCCCGAUGAGAUAGAGUGCGAACCAUGUAGCAUCAGACCUGAGCAUCCAAAUUGUACAACAACAACAACAACAACUGAUAUGCCAAAAUCAACUUCCUCAGUAACACCUCUGUUGAUUUUUCCCUCAGUUGAUACCCCCUCUGUCACACCUAAUAUGAAAUCAACUUCUCCAAUACCACAAGAGAACAAAAAAUCUGUAUUUGAAAAUAACCCAGUUUUAGCUUGGAUGAAAAACCACCUGGGUGCUACCAUUAUGAUUGGCAUUGUGGUGGGCCUUCUUGCUGGUGGAGGUUCUGUGGCUUUCAUCAUCUAUUAUUUCUGUUGUGUAAGAAGAAGGCAAGAAAAUCAAGAUAAAGAUAUUGAAAAGGGGUUGGAACAAAGUGAUUCAAGAACAUCACAAGAAGAGGAAUCUGGAUAUGAAGGGAGCCUUGACAGGAAUGAUGAAACCAAGACACCACUUUUAAGCUCUGAGCAUGUUGAACAACAGAAACAAAAUGAGGAAAGACAAAGACAUCCCUCCAUUCACUCUAGAUUAAUAGAUGUUGUGGAGUGUCCAGAGUGUCAUAGCAGGGACUGCCAUACUGAUAAGUGCACAAGAAGCAGUCGAAGAUCUACUUUAGAUAAGGAUCAUGCUGCUCUCAUUCGUCAUGAGUCAUACGAAUCUAAUGUUGAAUCGCAUGAUGUAUUUGAAGAACCCAGUACAUUGAUAAUGAUGAAUGAAUAUAAGCCUAUUGACUCCAAACCAAAGUCUGAUGACAUUGAGCUCAAAGAGUUCAAAACUCCGAAACGAGGCAGGCGUGACUCAGUUCAAAGUGACAUCAUGCUAAAGCAGGAUGCAGCAGGGAAUGGAGAGAGAGACAUCCCUGAAGAGGUAAAACGAGUUGUCCAGGAAGAAGCUAAGAUACAGAUAGAAAGAGAGCUUUCCCUUAAAGCUACUGGGGAAAUCUGUGGUGUGUCUAUAUCAUCAUUUGGCACAGCACCCCCAACAUCAGACUUUAAUCCUUCUGGACAGUCUUUUAGUGAAGGUUCAAGAGCUGUAGAACUGUCUUCUCUACCCUCACUUGGGCAGUCAUCAAAUCUUGCCCCAGAAGAAUCACAGAAUACAGAUGAUGGCCAACAUCUAUCUCUGCAAGACCAGCCUGUGAGCAAUAGUACACUAUUUCAGACAUCUGUUAACAAUGAUUCCAAUGUCACUUCAUAUAUGAAAAGGAUGGUUGAUAAUCAUGAUGGAACUAAGGAAAUUGAACGUAAAAAUUCUCUGCCAAAUAUUUCUGUACAAACUGUUGGCCUCCAAACUGCUAGUAAGGAUCUCCAAAUUAAAAAGUCUGCACAAUCAUCUCACCCAUCACACCAAGCAAAAGGAUUGGUGACCCAACAUCAGAAUGCAGAAAAGAUAGUGAAUAAUUUCAAUACCCAACAUAAGAUUGAUAAUCCACCAUUGGACAACAAGAGAAAUGGAUGGGAUCAGGUUCAGUACAGAGUAGCUUUACAGAAACUGACAACUAAGACACAACGGUUGGUAUCUUUAUCAAUUGAUGAGAACACUGAACUCUGUAAAGUACUUAAUAUUGAAGAUCAGUACAUCCGGUUAGCUGAAAGAUUUUUCCAUGAUGCAAAGAUCACUUUUCACAAGGACAAUGCAAAAGAGAAAUGCAAGGACUUGUUUGAGAAGCUGAUAUAUGAGAAGGAUUUGCUUCUCAUGGAUUUACUGAAAGAGUUGGACAAAAUAGAUGCAAUCUAUGCCAGGAACCUUUUAGUGAAGAUAGUUUUGAAAAUGGAAGGUCUCAAAAGGGUCAAAUCUGAACCUUGCUUGGUUUCUGACAGGGCCUCCUUAUGAAUGAAGAACUUCUGUGUAUGUAGAUUGUUGACAAAACCAACAAUAGGUUGUAAAAUAGAUACACUGCCACAACCGUCAGUGCAUUAAUAUGUUAACACUUAAUAUGAUGGUACAGAAAUGUACUUGAAAAAAUAGCUAAAAGCGUACCAAGUAUUAUAUACUUGAAAAACAAACAUAAUAUGAAAUGUGUCAAUAGUACACUUAAAGUCAAUGAUGUAUACAUAAAAACAUGGAACAAAACUUUGGCGUAUAUGCUGUAUUAUUGCAGAUUUUACCAGGAAAAUUGUAUAUAUUGUAAAAAGGCUUAUUCACUGUAAAUAAAAAAGCAUUUGCAAGACCUGGUAAAGUGUGUGAUAAUACCACAUGUAUAAGAUAUGUAUAUGAGGGUUAUUCAAUAACUUAUAAUUCAAAUGCUCUCUUUUUCAUGUUUAUUAAGGAAUUACGUUUACAUUAUACAUGUAGUAAUUGAAGGCAAAAUGUUUGUCUCAAUACUGCCCAGUUAUUAUGAAUUUAUUCUUGGUUCUUUCUAUUUUGCAGAAAAUUUAAUAUAUAGGAAUGAGAGUACCCUAAACAGUUUUUUCUCUGUAUAUGUCACUAAAAAUAAUUGUUUUAGUCUAAAUCUAUUUCAGUGUCUAUUUUGUAAAGCAGCAAGGGAUCAUUAGCUAGAUGUGUGGCAUUAAAGUAGAAGAAUAUUAAAAGAGAGAAGUUAAAGCUUUGAUAGAACCAUAAUGAUAAGCUAUGGACUAUGAAUAAUACCAAAAGUGGCCACAUACAUUCAAAUAGAGUAAAAUACUUUAAUUUUUUGUGACAUACACAAAGAACUCUCACCCAUAUACUUAAUUUGCCAGUAAUUUCAAAGGCAAUAAGAAUAAAUUCAUAAUACAUUGAUUAUUAGUAUUUAAACAUACACAAUGCAUUUCAUUUCUGAACAUUUCAAACAGAUUCACUUAAGAACUUUGAAAUGAGAGCAUUUAUAUUCAUAUUUAUUGAACAACUCUCAUAUGACAUUCACCAAGUGAGUGAAAUUUUUUUAAUUGUGUCUUUAUUAUUGUUUUGCAAUAUGUUAAACAAUUAAUACUAAAUAUGCUCCUCUUUCAUUCACAUUUGCAAUGCAAUAAUAAUUCUUUGCUUCUGUAUAAAGGGAUUUGAAAUACUAAUACUUUUACUAGAGGUUUUUACAUGUGUGUGUAUAUUCAAGUACAAUGUUGAAAAUAUUUUCUUUUCAUUCUCCAGCAUUUAUAUAAGGCCAAGGUUUUCUCUAAAUAAAUUGUUGGAAAAUUGAAAAAAAAAAUUAAAAGAUUGCUAAUGCUUUACUCUGACUCUCACUUGAAAGAGCUAUCGAGUGAGUGCAUGACAUCGCUUCUUGGGAACAUGACACAUUAUAUUUUGAUGUUAAAAUCUGCUUCAGAUUGUACUUAUUAGUUUAGUUCUAGUAUUUCUAGCUAGCUUGUAAAGGUAACAGUUCUAAAUUUGCAAUGUGUAAAAAUGUAUGCUAUGAUCCAACAACUGGGGCACUGUAACACCUACAAAUUAAAU